AUGUGGCCAGUCGUGAUUCUAUCGCAUGACCUCCAAUGGCGCGUGACAUCAUUACCUAAUCGCCCCAGGUUCCCCGGAUUCCGCAACCGAAAUCAGGGAACUCUCCUUAAUACGCCUUCCAAGAUGUAUCGCUUGCAUAUGUUGCUUUUGUAUUUUCUACCCUGGCUUGAAUUGGCCAUGGGGAGAAAUGAUACUGGGCACAUCUCAAGCGAGCUGUUCAACUCACUGGAGGAGUUGUCACGGAUAGUAGACAUCUCCUACUGUGUGAGCACCACUGGCAUCCAGGAGCCGUUUCAGUGCCUGAGCCACUGCGCCGAAUUCCCUAACCUGGAAUUGGUCACAACAUGGAGCACCGGGAUUCUUCUCUCUGACUCCUGUGGCUAUAUCGCGGUAUCCCACUCGCCGGGCCCCAAGCGCAUUAUCGCUGCGUUCCGUGGGACAUAUUCAAUCGCAAACACGAUCAUAGAUCUCUCUGCAGUUCCACAAUCCUAUGUGCCCUAUUUCGGAGAUGGAGACCAAAGGGAAGAGCGUCUGACCGCCAACCCAGGCCCUUCUACGCCACGAUGUGAAAAUUGCACCGUUCACGCCGGGUUUUUAAAGUCAUGGAUUAACACCCGUUCCGUUGUCCUGCCCCACUUGCUCGAAGCGAGAGAUAAGCAUCCCGACUAUGAAGUGACUCUGGUGGGGCAUUCUCUCGGAGGUGCCGUGGCAGCGCUAGCGGGUCUAGAAAUGCGCCUCAAAGGUUGGAAUCCGGAAGUUACCACCUUCGGAGAGCCGAUGGUCGGCAACGCCGAUUUUGCGGGUUUCCUUGAUUCUCAAUUCGAACUAGGGAACUACACCAAGCCCACAGCAAACCCUGAGGCCCGGCGAUUCCGAAGGGUCACUCAUAUCGAUGACCCGGUACCUCUUCUUCCACUCCGAGAAUGGGGUUAUGCGCCCCAUUCAGGGGAGGUAUACAUUUCCAAUCCGGAUCUUUCUCCUACAAUUGAAGAUGUUCAUCUUUGCGUUGGUAACGAGGACCCUCAAUGCAUUGCAGGAUCAGAUACACCCUCUACGCUCAGCAAUAUGCUUCAGGAUGCUAACAUCCCCUUGAACAUCUUUAACUCACACCCGGAUCCCUGCCCUGAAUCCGAGGAUGUACUUGUCAUUCAUCCUGGCGAGCAGGAUGUGCUAGCGAAGCAGAAGCCUGCAAACUGUGUAUCUCGUGAUGAGACAAGAGCGUUAUACGCUCGCCGCUGGAGUUGGUCCCUGAUCCCGGCAAGAUAUCGUCUUUGGGAGCUGUUCUAUGCCCACCGUGACUAUUUUUGGCGCAUUGGAUUGUGUGUACCUGGCGGAGAUCCGACUGGAUAG